CCCCUUCCGAACACCUACAGCGUCAACCCUUCGUUAUCAGCUCAAUACCAUACCACCUCAAGUCAUAGUACCUGUCGACGACAUGUCCAAAGAGAUCGGUUUCACCAGCCGUGACUUCGAGUUGUUCGCUGGAGCUCUCAUGUGCGCCAAAGUCCCCGUCGAGAUCGACUACAAGGCGUUCGCCGAGAAGUUCGGCUUCAAGAACGCAAACAGCGGCAAGGCCUCAUGGCACACCCUGAAGAAGAAGCUCGACAAGCUUGCCGCAAGCACUGGCGGUUCGUCCCUCACUUCACCCGCAUAUCACUAGGCUGUCCAAAGCUGACUGAAAAGCUCCAGAGUCCACGACGACUGAGGGUGCAGAGGAGGUUGACAAGAAAGGCAAGAAGCGCA